AUGAAUAACAAGUUCAAGACACAAACACCAUAUGACAUAGACAAAUAUAUAAUAGUUGAGAUUCUUGAUGAAAAUGAAAGGCCAAAUCUAAAUGAAACUGUUCAAAAUUACAUGGUACAUGGUCCAUGUAGUCUGUACAACAGGAAUUUACCUUGCAUGAAGAAUGGAUCUUGUUCAAAGUUUUAUACCAAAGAGUUUAGGCAGCGAACACUUAUUGAUGAAGCCGAGUUUCCCAAAAAUAGGCCUAGUGAUAACGGUCGAACUGUGAAGAAAAAGGAAUGUAUACUAGACAAUAAGUUCAUUGUUCCGUAUAAUCUAGAAUUGUUGCUCAAGUUUGAGUGGCAUAUAAAUGUGGAAUAUACAUGCCAAACAAGUUCUAUUAAGUAUCUGUUUAGGUAUGUACACAAGGACAAUGAUUGCGUAACAGCUACCUUAUACAACACUGAUGAUUCAUCAGAAGCCACACAAGUUGUUGAUGAAAUUAGGAAUUACUACAAUUGUAGGUACAUUUCGGCAUGUGAGGCAGUCUGGCAUUUAUUUGGAUAUGAAAUCCAAGAGAAAGAACCAGUUGUGAUUAGACUUCCAUUCCAUUUGGAGGAUGAGCAACUUGUGGUUUAUAGUGAAACUUCUAAUGUGAAUGAUAUCAUCGAAAGUGCAGUAUCUCAUAAGUCAAUGUUUUUGGAGUGGAUGGCGGCGAGCAUGUCAUAUUCCUAUGCUCGAAGUUUGACUUAUGCUGAGUUUCCAACCAAGUUUAUUUGGAAGGACGAUGCUUCAAAGUGGUUUCCUCGAAAUCAAGGUUUUGCAAUUGGAAGGUUGACUCAUGUACCUACAGAGUUAACCAUGUCAGACGAUGAGCUUAAGUAG